ACAUUCAACGUCGAUUCUUGUCCGCGAGCUUCAGAGAUAACAAAUCGUUUACUUAAUGACAAGAUAAAGAUAGCAUUUAAUGAAACUUUGCUUGUAGAUGAUUUGGAAAAGUAACUGAUAUGCGAUGGAACUCCGCACCUUGGGACGCUGUUGCUACGAAUUUGACUGCAUUGGAACGAGCAUAUUGAAGGUAGAUGGGAUUGAAGAUAGUCGGUUUAUCAGUGCCAUCGAUGAGGUGGAAACAAACGGGCGCGUGUCUCGGUGUUUGCUAGCGCGUUUGUGCCGAGAGGAAAGUGUGUAAACUAUGUGAUAAGAUGAGACACUUCACCGCUUUGAGAUAGUAUCAUAAGAAAUCGUGAUAAAUGACUGUCAAACUGUCGUGAAAUUGAUUGAGUUCAAAAGAGCACAGCAAAAGUGAAAAUCAAUAACUUUUGCGAAUAUACACACAACCAUGCAGGAAUGGCUGAAAAUAUCUCUGAUGCUGUGUACGUUCGGAUUCUUCCGGGAGCUACGCCCGUCGGAACCGUUCGUCACCGAGUUUCUGUCCGGAGAGUGGCGUGACAUCGAACCGGAGCAGCUGAACCGGGAUGUCUAUCCGGUCGGUACGUACACCUAUCUGGCGGUGUUAAUUGUCGUCUUCCUCGUGACUGAUAUGCUAAGAUACAAAUCGAUAAUUAUAUUCUCUGCUUGCGUCGGUAUCGCAAUUUGGUCGAUGCUACUGUGGACUACCACCCUGGCAGCCUUGCAGGUGGUUCAGGUGCUGUACGGAACCUACAUGGCCGCCGAGGUAGCCUACUACACGUAUAUUUAUGCGAAAAUCAGCAGAGAUAAAUAUCAACAGGUUACGGGCAACACCAGAGCCGCCGUGCUCAGCGGUCGAUUCCUUGCCAGUGUCAUCGGUCAGACGCUGGUAUCCACAGAGGCCAUGGAUCUGCGGGAGCUCAACUACAUUACACUAGGCGCUCAGGCUUUUUCCCUACUAUGGUCAUUCGUGUUACCAUCAGUCACGAGUAGCGUCUACUUUUACGCCAAAGAUAGUCCCGGGACCGACGAGGAUGAGGAUGUCAAUACCACCACCAACCGGAACCAUUCCGCUCGGUUACCGACGACCGAUGUUGAAGCUGAAAUUGAAAGCAAAACCAUCGCCCACAGCUACGGUGCAGUAAGCACAAUUUCAGUACGGUCAAGCUCCAUUAACAACGAAGAAUACACAACCGGAUCGGACGUCAAUCUGGCCUCGUCAGCGGUCGAUGCCAGCCGCAAGAAAUCAACCGAAGUCUCUCCGAAGGUUCGUUUUUCGUGUCAGCGUGCCGGUCGUUUACUAUGGGCACACUUUAUUGCGGCAUACCGGAACGUAACCGUGGUCCAGUGGAGUCUGUGGUGGUCACUGGCGAUGGCGGGUUUCAUUCAGGUUCAGAUUUACGUUCAGCUACUGUGGCAUGAAAUCGACCACGACCAGGAAUAUCUGUACAACGGUGGAGCAGAAGCUUUGCUUACCCUAUUCGGUGCACUCAGUGCCAUUGCGGCGGGUUACGUGGCUAGCCGAAUCUUUGAACAGUGGGCCUUAUGGAUUUUGACGGUCUGCUCCGCCCUGCAGGGGGGAUUAAUACUAUACUCUGGCUUCUCCACGAAUAUCUGGCUGGCGUACGUUGUUUACAUUGUGUUCGGUGUGCUGUACAUGUUCAUGAUAACGAUGGCCAGCGCUACCGUGGCCAAAUAUCUGGUGGAGGACAGUUUCGGAUUAGUUUUCGGUAUAAACACAUUCAUCGCACUGGUCUUCCAAACCAUCCUGACGGUGGUAGUCAUAUCCGAGUCCGGACUGAUGCUGUCGCCCCGUGGUCAAUUCAAGGUGUACGGUGGAUACUUUCUGGUGCUGGCGGUUGUGUAUCUGAUCCCGGCCACCAUUAGCAGCAUUCUGCUGUGCAGAAGACGAAUGAGUUCCAAGACUUCGAGGAAUGGUGAUAUAAAGGACGAAGUAGAGCCAACAAAAUCGACUGACCUAGUACAAGACGGUGAAGUAACUUACAUUUAAAUGUGAUAUUUUUCAAUCACUAUGUUGGUGAUAAUCCUAGGGUAGCUUUGAAAAAAUGCUUGUUUAGAUUUAAUUUUUUUUGCUUUAAGUGAAUUAUGUUAUGGAAAUUCUUGAAAUGGAAAACAAUGAUUAUAACGAUCACAAUAAACAUGUAAAAUAGUGUUGUUGAAAUAAACUAAUCUCCCUCUAGCAUCACAAAAAUGAAUACUCCACAGACCAUUUUUCUCCAAGAUACGUUUAACAUAACUCCAUCCAGCAACGAAAGCACCUACUUUCCCGCUUCUGAUGCAAGAUUUGAAAUGCACAGCACACAGCACCGAACAGAAACAGAGCGGGUUUCAAAUGAACGAGUAGCAUACUUUAAAGCAUCAGUUGAAACCGGAAGCACAAGGAUUUCCCGAAGAAGCCAAAAAUGUCAUAGCUUUUAAUCUCAAGUAUCUCAAAAGAAAACACUACAAAUGGUACCUCUUUCUUUCCAAUUACGGAGAUAGUAUGAGGCAUCUACUGCUACUUUCAUCGUGGAAAGGCUGGCGAGCGAGAAAACUAUAACGGAUUUUAUGUUAAUUUUCACGGCAAAUCGCUGUGGUCGUGAAUUGCUCGGGUUUUGCACUCCCGAGCAGAACUGAGAAUCGUAAGGAGACUGCUUAUUCAGGAAUGGUGAAUUUUCAGUUGAUGUUUUCCGAUUAAAGGUUUGUAAAAAGUUAAAUGCGAAAAUAAUCGAACAUACUAAACUAGUCGUUAUUUCCUUUAGUAAACUACGUAAAAUUAAUAAA